AUACAGGGGUAGGAUUUCCCCUGGCACAGACACCACACGCUUUCAUAUUUACUGUCUUUGAAUAGAGGAAGUGAGUACUGAGAGAGGCUGACCAACUUGUCCAAGGUCACCCAGGAGCCUGCAGUGAUCCCAGGGCUCCCUCCUGCCCUCCAUCAGAUGGGCAGCGUUCCGGCCAGGGAGGACGCGUGCUGGCCAGCCCUGAGCGGGUGAGAUCGCUCCAGCCCGCCUCUGCGCCCACUCCCCUGUGCGCCCUGCUGCCAGAAAGGCACCCCCGCCGUUCCUGGCGCCCAGUGGGGGCGGCAGUGGGGACUGCCGGGGCUGGGGGCUUGUUGAGCUCAGGGAGUUCGGCUCGGUCGGGGAGAAGGACGAUGCGCGGCGAGCUCAGGUGAUCCGGGGCUGGGGUCCUGCGCCCGCAGCCCCUGGCCCACGCCUCGCGCCCGCCGGCUCCCCAGCGCGGGGGCUGGAGCCCGCACCCGAGGGGGCGGCGGGGAGGGCGCAGGCAGCGGCUGGGAGUGCAGCGGCAGCGGCGGCGGCAGAAGCUCGGCUCCGCGGCUGGGGGUGGCCGCUCGGAUCUGCCAGGGCGCCUCGCUCCCUCGCCUCCGGCAGCGGGACCCUGUGGGCACUGAAAUCCAGCUCACUCAUGCUUAUUUCCUGUAAUGGACAAACUUGAUGCUAAUGUGAGUUCCAAGGAGGGUUUCGGGUCAGUGGAGAAGGUCGUGCUGCUCACGUUUCUCUCGGCGGUUAUCCUGAUGGCCAUCUUGGGGAACUUGCUGGUGAUGGUGGCUGUGUGCUGGGACCGGCAGCUCAGGAAGAUAAAAACCAAUUAUUUCAUUGUAUCUCUUGCUUUUGCGGAUCUGCUGGUUUCGGUGCUGGUGAUGCCCUUUGGUGCCAUUGAGCUGGUUCAAGACAUCUGGAUUUAUGGGGAGAUGUUUUGUCUUGUUCGGACAUCUCUGGACGUUCUGCUCACAACAGCAUCAAUUUUUCACCUCUGCUGCAUUUCCCUGGAUAGGUAUUACGCCAUCUGCUGCCAGCCUUUGGUCUAUAGGAACAAGAUGACCCCUCUGCGCAUCGCACUAAUGCUGGGAGGCUGCUGGGUCAUCCCAACGUUUAUUUCUUUUCUCCCUAUAAUGCAAGGCUGGAAUAACAUUGGCAUAAUUGAUUUGAUAGAAAAGAGGAAGUUCAACCAGAACUCUAACUCUACGUACUGUAUCUUCAUGGUCAACAAGCCCUACGCCAUUACCUGCUCUGUGGUGGCGUUCUACAUCCCAUUUCUUCUCAUGGUGCUGGCCUAUUACCGCAUCUAUGUCACAGCUAAGGAGCAUGCCCACCAGAUCCAGAUGUUACAACGGGCAGGAGCCUCCUCCGAGGGCAGGCCUCAGUCGGCAGACCAGCAUAGCACUCACCGCAUGAGGACAGAGACCAAAGCAGCCAAGACCCUGUGCAUCAUCAUGGGUUGCUUCUGCCUCUGCUGGGCGCCAUUCUUUGUUACCAAUAUUGUGGAUCCUUUCAUAGACUACACUGUCCCUGGGCAGGUGUGGACCGCUUUCCUCUGGCUCGGCUAUAUCAAUUCCGGGUUAAACCCUUUUCUCUACGCCUUCUUGAAUAAGUCUUUUAGGCGUGCCUUUCUCAUCAUCCUCUGCUGUGAUGGUGAGCGCUACCGAAGACCUUCCAUUCUGGGCCAGACUGUCCCUUGUUCAACCACAACCAUUAACGGAUCCACACAUGUGCUAAGGUACACAGUUCUGCACAGUGGACAUCAUCAGGAACUCGAGAAACUGCCCAUACAUAACGACCCAGAAUCCCUGGAAUCAUGCUUCUGAUUGAGGACAUGGCUCACAACUUAGCCAUUCAUUCCCAUUCAUGUUUGCAUGAACAGGUCACCCUGGCAUCCCUCCUGAUCCUCAUCACCGCCAGUGAGGCACAAGGCAGUAGGGGCUGAGGGCCCAUGGCAGGUACACAGAGGAUGGUGUUGGGUGGGACCUAAGGCCAGAGCAUCAAGGAUCUCAUCAAGGAUCUCAAAGUUGUGAAGGAACUUCAGGCAUCUUCAGAUUCACCCACCGACCCAAAGCGGGAGUAGCAUCUUCUACUGCAUCCCUGAAAGUUGGUCAAUCUCUGCUUAUACACCUCCAGGGACAGGAGCUCACUGGCUUCUAAUUCAGGCCCUUUUAUUUUGGAGAAGCUUUAAUUAUAAGGAAUCUCUUUUCUUUCUUGGAACACAAACCUUUUGCUACUCCAGCUUCCAUCUGGGGCCAUGCAGUUAACCCCCACUUUCCCCUGAGAGCCCUUAAAUACUGGAAGAGAGUAAUCUGUCACCAUGCCUUUCAGUCUUUUCUAUAAACUGAACAUCUCCAGUUUCCUUUCCAUUCUGGCCAUCUUCUUCUGGACAUGCUUUGGUGGAUGAAUUAAUCAUGGCUCUUCUAAUAAAGUUAGGUUGAUAUCAAUGCCAAGAUGUCUAUCUAGAAGCAUUGACAUAGUAACAAGUGAAAUGUCAAGAUUUUUGGCCUAUAGCCAUGAAUAUUUUCCUUUUUUCCCCCCUUGGGAAUGUAUUUUGGAGAUUAUACUGAGGUUUUAGCUUCACAGCCAUUACUAAAAGGCAUCUUUGCAGCUUGUCUGAUAUGUGUGUGUUCAUGCACACAUGUGUGUUUAAAUUUGACAUUUUCCUAUUGGCAUAUUGGUGUUGAGGUCAUUAGGAAUUCACUUUAUUUCUAUGGCAAUAGGAAAGGAUUUUACUUCGUUACUGAGAAUGUUGAUUGAAAAUGGCCUUAUAACCCAGAGUCUGGAGGGAAACUGACUGUUGUUCACCCUUCAUCAACAUCUCACCCUUUUGAAAUACCUAUGGAGAUGCUUCUUUUUCUCAGUCAAAGUGAUCACCAUCUUGCUUCAUCUUGGGGUAAAUGAUAUACUCAGCUUGAGGAUCUGAUGGCAGAUUUUUAAAGCUGUCUUUCUUUUGGCUGCUGAGCUGAUUUUAAAAAACCUUAUUGAAAGCAUUUACUACUGGUCCUCCUUUAGUGAGACAAAGGUAAUAGGGCAUGUGGGUGAUGUUGGGGUUCAUAUGUAACAUGUUUCUGAUUGAGGACGUGCUAGGAAUUUAACAGCAAGAUAAAUAUGUUCCAGGAGUUUAUACCUCACAAGUUCUCUUUGCCCUCCUACUUGGUCUAUUGAUCCUUCUUCUUCUUAACUGAUGUCAGAUGCCAUGAUGGCCUCCUUAACCCUCAUUUCUUCCAUGAAGGUAGAACCCAUUAGCCAGCCCUCUCUCUUCUUUCUGUGCCCAGAUAUGGUGAGAAGGGAUGGUCAGACACCACAGAGGACUAGGGUGAUCAUCUUUCUGGUUUUAGCAUUCAAGUCCCUCAUCCCAGGAAACUCCAGGGUCCUGGGCAAACUAAAGAAUGUUGGUCACCACACUGGUGGGACCUCCCUGUGUUGAGGAUUAAUACCCCUCCCUCCUCAGAGUAGAUUCUCUUUCUUCUGUUUUUCAUGGAAAAGGCAAAGAUUAGUGAAUUUGGAAGUUCAUAGUUCUCCUUUCUAAAAAUGGUCUCUCUUCUCCUCCAACCAUAAAGCAUUUCUUAGGAAAGGACCAAAACAAGGAUAAUAAGAAUACUACUGAUAAUAGUGCUUUGAGGCUUCUGGUAAACUUUUGUUUAAUGCUGCCAAUGUUGACAGGAUCUACUACUUAAUACAUACAUGCCUACACAUAUACAUAACUACAGGAUUUCUUCCUUAGGAAAUGCUUCUCUUCCCACGAGCUUAGUAAGCAUAUCUGCUUAUGUAAAACAUUAUUUAUCAGUGGCAGGUCUUCCAUAUUAAAUGGCAACUUGGAUUCAAUAGAGACACAAAGAUUACAACAUAGGGAGGAAUAUGAGAUUUUACUAUAUCACAGAACUCUUUUUAACUCUCUAGAUGUCCAUCUGUGAGCCUGCCCAUGGUUGGUGUCUGUAAAGGUCACAGGCACCCAGAUCAGGGAAAAGACAGCAAUUGUAAAAAUAGUGCCUCUUGUCAUUGUCAAGAAAGGGGUCUCCUUUGCAGAGGAGAGCCCCACAAGCUUGCUUUGUUACCACUUUGGACUAGGGCUGGGAUGCUGUGAAUGAUUCAUCAAAUGCCAACAUUGGUGAUUUACAGGACUAGGCCAGACUUCUUCUGUGUGAGCAGCUGCUAGCCUUGCCUAGAAAUCCAGGUAAUAUAGUGUAUGUAUAAAAGACUCAGAAGGAGAAGACAUAUCGCUUGUCCAAGGAAAGAGGAAGUCUAUACCUUGCCCUCUUCUCUAAGAAGGGCACCCUCUUCCAGGAAGCCUGUCAUGACAAGAAGAGAAGCAUCUGGGAAACAGGAUGAUGUGCUGCAGACACAUCUGCAAGAUUGGCCUUGAUAAUUAUUGGGGAUGAUAAAUGCUACAAACAGACUGUCCCCAUGUCUAGGAGAAAGGCAGUUCACAGUGCUUCCUUUCCACUUGACUCUCCAGGCUACAAGACCCUCCAGCUCUGAAACUAGAGAGGGAUGCACCAUUCCAGCUGUCACCAUUAGCAGCUAGAAAGCAAAUAAAAAUCAGCUUCUUCAACUGAUACCCAAGUGUGUGCUUGUAGAAAAACCUUUUCCUUCUGAGACCCCACCUUUUGGUCUUGACAACUUUUCCACCUUAUGCUGCUAACUUGCUCUGUCCUGAUGCAAAUUGCCAUCUAGCUGGGGACUGCAUGGUGGGCAUGGGUUGGAUGAGGGAGGGGAACUAUGGAGGGGCUGGGGAGUGGAUAUAACUACAUUGCCUUCAACAUUGUCUUCAAGCAAGAACAACAAUAAUGUCUUCUUGGUGCUGUGCUGUCUACCCAUUUAUCUCUUUGUUGUUGGAUCUCUCUUUGGUGAGAAAUCAUUGUCACUUCUUUUUCUCUAUUCACUUUGCUGAGGUCAAAAUCCUGUAACACCUAGUCAAGAAGGAAACAAAGACUACUGCAUUUACCUCUUCUGGCCAAAAUUUGUAAUCUCUUUUCCAUCUAAUUUAGAAAACUGAGGCUGAAUACUUGGCUUGAAUUCAAACAAUUCAGGAAUGGAUUUGAUGUCCCAAGUAUGAACAACAUGUUGCUUUGGGCCUUUCCCAACACUUAGCUUCACGUGUCUCAUCUACAAGAUAGAGAUCAUUUCUGAGUUUGUAGGAUUGUUGAGUGCUCCAACAUGGGUCAUUCAAGGGCCACUGUUAGGAUUUUUACCAAAUAUGUGUUCUGCCUAUUUUGUUACCUAUUAACAUCUUUAUCUAAGUCCAUUCAAGUUUUCACUUACAUAAAUUUAUUUUAGAAGAAAACAUUAUGUUAUUACUCAAAAUAGAAAACAAGGCUAUUGAGUUUUAACUAGUUGCCAGUGCUCAGCGUGCAUUCUCUGUUUCUGUGUUUAAAAGGGAAGUGAGUAUUGGAGAGUUGUUAGAAACACCCCACAUGGGGCUCUUUCAGAGUUGGAAGGGUCAAAAGAUAAUUUAUAAAAGAUGAGCUUCCAAACAUUAGGAGUUAUUGUGAUUUGGCUAUGAGCUGCAUUCUACAUUUUUGGAAACAUGGAGAGAAGGGAUAAGAAACUGCAUAUAUUUUUAACUACUGUUAUAGUGGAUUCAAAUUAGGUUUCUCCUUCUGUACCUUUUCUUUCAGCUGCCCCAGACCUAUAUCUUUGUUGUUAAUAAUAAUAAAAUAGCAGUAAUAAGAGUAACUGACAUUUAUGAGUUUCUUUCUGCUAGGCAUUGUGGUCAUUGCUUUACAUGGAUUAUCUCAUUUAAUCCUUAUAAAAUUCUUACAAAAUUGUAUGAAAAUUUCCCCCACUUUACAGCUGAGCAAACCUCAGCUGAGACAUCUGGUGACUAGCCCAAGGCAGCAGACCCUGGAAGUGUGGAUUUGAAAUGCAAACCCAGGCAGUCUUAUUCUAAAUAAGGCCCACAGUUCUAAGCAUGUGCUACUGUGUUUAUUAUGGGGAUGUAUGCAUUCCACCUUCACCUGUUAGACACUGUGCUAGGAGAGAGCAAUGAACAAGGUUGCUUAAAGAAUUUUCCUUUCCACAUCAGCCUGGGACCCGAAAAAGGACUCUGGACAUGCCUAUUCCAGUGUGAACUCUGCCACUAAAUUUCUUUCUUGUUUUCUUUUCUCUUGCUUCCACUCCCUGAGCCUCAACUUCCAUCUUUAAACAAUGGAAGAUUCUGGUAAAUGAUCAGCAGGAAAGGCCCUUCUGCACUGAUCUUUUAGUCUUUCUAGUAUUCGCAACCUGGGAUUACUGAAUAACCAACAAUAGACUGUAAGAACAAGAUGUGUGAGUCAAAGAAAGCAUUGGCCCUUUAUAUUCCAGGCCCUCAUGGAGGCUGCUCAUAGUAGAAGUGGCCCCUGCAGAAGGCAGUUUGCCUUCCCCACGUUUCUUGGUUGGAACCUGGAACACUAUUUGAAUAUGCUCUCAUUGGUCUCAGUAAGCAUCAGCCUACCACUGCAGGCUUUGUGCAGUUUCUCUGCACUUUUAUAAGAUCUGUAAGCCUCUCAUAACAGUAUAUGAAGAGGGAUUGUUGACUUCAUUUUAUAGAAGAGGGAAGACUUUGUCAUGGAAAAUGAUUUGUCCAAGAAUGAAAGCUGAUAUGAAGCUGAAGUCAGGACUGAAAAUAUUUCAGAUUUCUCAGUUCUAGCAAAGUGCUUCCUUCUUCUUUAAGUUUAUCCUAUUUCCAGACAUAUAAAUUAUACAUUUUUAGACUAUAUAAAUUAUAGGUUACACAAAUGACAUAUUUAUGCAAUCCAUUUCCACUGUAAAAAUUUGUUAUAUAUUAACAGAUACAGCAAAAUAUUCCUUGACCCCAACUCAAUCCUACUCACCUUUCCCAAAAGUAAAUGCUCUUUUCACUUGGCUUAUGUAAUUCAAGAACAUUUUCUAUGCAUUUACACAUGUAUAAAUGUACAUAUAAAACAUAUGGCUUUGUUUUGUUCUUAUAUUUAAAUAAAAUGAUGUUGGUAUAUAAUAAUCUGCUACUUGCCUUUUCAACAGUGUACUCCAAACACCAUUUCACAUCAACACAUAAUUUUCUUUGUAGUUGCUGUGUAUGCAUUUCAUGCUAUAGACAUUGUAUGGAUCGCAGUGUUUCUUUUGCAUUCUACCUGCUGCCCAUGUGUAAAUGGGGCAUCUCCUGCAUCAGAAAAUCAGCCUGUUUUUCUCAGACUGUGCUAACCAUGGCUGGAGUGGUUUCAAGUUAAGUGGCAGCAGUAAGUUGACUUGGCAGCUUCCCUAUUAGGGAGGGCCCACCCUUAUAUGGGCCUCCUUUCAUUAGGAAGAACCAAGAAAAUGCACAAGUUGCACAGGGUGACAGCAUCCUGCUCCCAUCAAUUCCUAGAUGUGUGCUGUUGAGGAGUAUGUAACCUCCUGAAACCAAGUUUUCUUAUCAGUAAAGUAGGGAACGUACUGAUCAUACAUUUAAAGUGUUAUUUCAAGAGGUAUAGAAAGCACUUGGUAAUAAUCACUUUUAAAAACGCUAGCUUUCA